UCAUACAAUGAGGCCGGGGAAGGCCUUACAGCUCACCGCUCGUGUUGGCUUCUAAAUAUUUUUAUCAAAACGUAGUUUCCUUUCCGAAUAUAAAGCUCAUUUAUGCAGCGGGCUUCAAAGAUUGAGACUCAGGAACUGGGAGUUUAGUACUUUGCCUAUUUUUCAAGCYCUCAGAGCUGAUAUUUUGGAUUUAUUUUGGGCAAAAAGUUGAGAAAAAAUGGCACAUACGAGAGAGUAUAGUGAAGACACCGCAGCGAAUCUUCUACGUUCAGUUCGUCAACAGGAACACCAGUAUCAACAACUUACUAAGGAACUCGAAGAGGAAAGAAAAAAUGUUGCAUUACAGUUACAAAGGUGCAAUUAUAACUCAGAAACUGCAAGCGUCUGUUCUGGAAGUUCUGCAGACUCAUUUGUAUGGAGAGGACAAGGACCAGGAAGYGUGGCMAGCGAGGAGGAUUUCACUGAUGAUGAAAGUCGGAUGAGUGGUUCUGCAUUGGUUGAUUCAUGUUUGAAGGUGCUGCAAGAACGAGGGCUCACAGAUUCGAGAGACGAUCAAGACCCGCUUUACUCAAGAAAGAAUAAAAUGGAACCUCAAGAAGUCACUGGUCAAUCGAACUCACUAGUCAGUCAAGACUGGGAACGAGAACUAAUGGACGCCGACCUAUCAUCAGGACGUGGACAAACCGUCAAAAAGGUUGUCACGAGAACGGAAGUACGAACCGUCCGAACCAUAGACGGCCGAGUCGUUCAGGACGAAUACGAUCCUGGGACCGAGCAUACCGAGAUUGAACGAUUUUCAUAUGGAGCCAAAGCCUUAAACGGCGAAGGGCCUGGGACACCCACCAAACGGUAUGCCCCUGGGGACGAAUAUCGUAAUGGACAGAGAGGACCUGGGUCGACGUCUUCUGUUGAGGAUUACCGCUCGCCAAAAAGAGGGCCUGCRGGCUCACAGUCUUCGGUUGAUGAUUACAGAUCUCCCCGUGGGUACCCUCCGAGGGGAGGGUAUUCRUCGGCCGAYGAAGGAAGGAUGACGCCGAAUAAAUAUGGAGACACUACUGGCUACAUGUCAGAUAGCUAUACGAUCAACAAAGUUCCCAGGGCUCCAUCGACUGGACCAGCAAAGAAUGAGCCUCAGUAUGUGCGUACAGCGGUUCAAACAACAAGCAUGUCGCUUCCUCGUUCACAUGGACAACCCUCUGGACCGAGAGGACCUGGUACAGCAACUAUGCCCAGGACAUCAAGCGCUGGACGACCCACAACUACGUAUAACCUCAGUAUUAAGGUCGGUGAUGUCAAAGGUUCCGGUACCGACGGCAAUGUCUACAUACAGUUGUUCGGAGAGAAAGGAAACACAGCCAAGAUACAGCUCCGACAAGCAGGCGAUGCUAGGAACCGCUUUGAAAAAGGACGAACCUACAAAUUUACUGUCGAUACUGUUGACAUCGGAAAGGUUGACCGCAUCAAACUAAGCCACGACCACACCGGAUACGGGUCAGGGUUCUACGUCGAGGAAGUCGAGAUCGAAAUCCCCGAGCGACAAGACAAGGUGAAAUUUCCAUGCAGGUGCUGGCUCGCUCAAGGUGUUGAGGACGGGAAAAUUGAAAGRGAGAUGUACCCUGUCUCGCAGCUACCAAAUACGUCGUACACAAUGUCAGUAAAACUGGGCGAAGUCUUGAGUCCUGACACCAACCUACACGUCCAGUUGUUCGGCGAGAAGGGAGAAACAAGUAAAAUAAUGCUACGACCGGUCGGAACCUCGUUUAACCGGUUUGAGAAGGGAAGGACAUAUAAAUUUACUGUUGAGACAGUGGACAUAGGGAAGAUUGAAAGAUUGCGUAUUGGACACGACGCGCGCGGUCCAGGCAAAGGAAUCUUUGUGGAGGAAGUUGAUGUGUUGCCAGCCGAGGGCGAACGAACAACGUUUCCUUGUUCGUGUUGGCUGGCUGAGGACAAAGCGGACAAGAGGCUGGAGCGAGAUGUUUUACCGGGAAAGCCCAAACCACCAAGGCCAAACGUUUCAUAUCAUCUCGCUAUCAAGACCGCUGACGUCCCCAAUGCAGGCACCGACGCCAACGUGUACUUCCAAUUGUWCGGCGACGAGGCUGAGACUGAAAAAAUCCAACUAAGACAGGGUGGAAAGUCAGAGAAACGAUUCGAACGUGGUAGAACUGAUAAAUUUAUCGUCGAAACUGUCGAUGUCGGACCGGUUAAGAAGUUGCGUAUUGGUCACGAUAACAAGGGACUKGCAGCUGGCUGGAAACUCGACCAAGUCACCGUCGAAGUCCCAUCACGCAGCGAAAAACAUGUCUUUCCGUGUAAUCGCUGGCUAGAUCCUACCGAGGACGACAAAAAGAUCGAAAGAGAACUGUUACCCGGAAAUCCUGGAAGUAUCACAACUACCCUUACAACAACUGGCCCCCCGACUCCCUCCCGGACAGUCAGUAAAACAGUUGUCGAAAAGACCUCGACGUCGUUCCGACAGGUUCCGACGGAACCGAACAAGUACGGAACUGCUCCGAAGCCUGGAACUCAGAAACAGGUGAUUGAAGAGACGAGAUAUAAAACGAUGCCGUCAAAGACAGUUACCACUGAAGAGAUUAGGUAUCAAACUACUCCUACAAAACGAAUCAUCGAAGAAGAGGKUCGGCAAAAGAAACCACCUGUGCCGACCCCUGACAAAAUCCGCGAAGAACGAAUCCGAACAGAAGUUGAGAGCACCCCACCSCCAAGACCYGCSCCACCAACAGAAACACAGGGGGACAUAUCGCUUAGGAGCUAUCAUGAAGGGACGCCUGGCGAUAARGCUAAACCAAAACAAGGAUAUAUGUACCAAACGACUACAACAGAGACAGUUACAAGACAAGUAAAGAUCGACGGUGAACAAGAANAACCAAAAAUCGUGGCAUAUCAGCUAUGUCUCAAGAUGGGAGAGAUUCACGGCGAYGGAACGGAAGGCAACGUGUAUAUACAACUAGUCGGUUCAAAGGGCAUGACAGAGAAGAUCAUGUUACGGCAAGAUGGCAAUAGCAAAAUCAAGUUUGAGAAAGGAAGGACUUACAAGUUUACUAUCGAAACCGUGGAUAUUGGACCUAUCGAGAAGGUACUCAUCAGUCAUGACGGUGAAAGUGGACGAGGGGGCUGGUACCUAGAGGAAGUGACAGUCGAUGUGCCGUCACGUGACGAGCACGUGGUUUUCCCGUGCAUGAGCUGGUUAGAYGCAGACGAAGGUGAUGGGUUGACUGUCAGAGAAUUGAACGCCAAACCAGCGGUUUACCACCUUAARAUAAAAACUGGGAACCAAAAGAAUGCCGGGACAAAUGCUAAUGUUUGGACAUGUAUCCAUGGUGACAAGGCCGACACUGGUAGAAUCGAUCUCAAGCGGUCAGGCAUCAUGGAAUCAAUAUUUGAACCCGAUCAAACCGACUACUUCACGAUAUCGGCCAACGACCUUGGAAGGGUACAAGCCGUAAGCGUUGGUCAUGAUGGUGACAACAAGCCUGGUACACGAUGGUAUCUUGAGGAAAUGGUACUUAACAGUCCGCACAAAGGCGAACAUUAUAUUUUCCCCUGUAAAUCAUGGAUUCCUGARGCAGACGGCAGAAACGCUGAAGUAAACCUUGUUCCGCAACCACCACUCCAAAACUACAGUAUCAUGCUGAAAACUGGAAAYCGUAAGAACGCAGGCACCGACUCCAAUGUAUACUUUCAAAUCUUUGGYGAUCGCGGAGACACUGGAGUUGUGGAACUCAAGCAAGUCUGUGAACCUACUGGUAUGCUUCAGAAGGGGACAACCUUCCAGUUCCCUCUGCAAACUACUGAACUAGGAAACCUUGAAAAAAUAAGAAUCGGUCAUGACGGCCAGGGACUGGGUACGGGCUGGUUCUUGGAAGAAGUAGUUGUCAUGGUUCACGAUGAAUGCUGGGUAUUUCCAUGUAACCGCUGGCUAGCAGAUUACGAGGACGAUGGCAUGACGGAGAGGGACUUAUACCCAGAGAGAAAAACGUACGCUCAUGAACCUGACUUGCAGGAUCUUAUCGAAUACCUACAGACAGAUGAUGUAAACUUAAUUGUCAACUCUGCCUUCUACCUACAACAUCUUUGUUACAACGAUGAUGCCGUGAAAGCAAAAAUAAGAGAGCUUGGUGGGAUCCCUGUGUUAGUGCGGCUUCUUGAUCACGAGGUCUACAAUGUCCACCGGGCAGCGGCUUCCUGUUUACGAAACGUUUCGUACAGCAAAGAAAGAGAUGAAAAUAAGCUGAUCAUCGCCGAGUGUAACGGGAUAGAAGCUUUGAUAAGAUUACUGCAGAGAACUCCAAAAGACGAGGUCAAAGAAUUAGUCCUUGGUGUUCUAUGGAAUUUAAGCUCAUGUGAUAUACUCAAGAUUCGAAUCAUUCAAUUUUGUCUAGUAAUCCUAGUUAGAUUAAUUAUAAURCCAUAUUCUGGAUGGGACAAGGACAUUUUUMGAAGUGGCAAGCCAAUCCCCUCUGUAAAAUGGACCACUGUKUUUCGAAACGCAAGUGGUAUUCUUAGGAACCUUUCKUCUGCGGGCGUCGACGCGCGUACUGAAAUGCGUGCCUGUGAGGGACUUGUGGACUCAUUGGUGUGGAUUGUUUAUGCUCCUAUUGGGAAAUCGGACGUGGACAAUAAGUCUGUCGAAAAUUCAGUUUGUACGCUACGAAACCUUUCCUACCGAUUAGAAGACGAAGUGGACMGAGCAAAAUACGAAGACGAAGAASCCCCCGACGCACUCCCGACGGAUAYCGACGACAAGAAACCACCGGCUAAGGCWCCUGGAUGUAUGGCCGCAUGCGGUGGAACGAAAAAGAGCAAACCUCCGAAAGAGCCCGAAAUAAAACGACCUCCUGCCGAGGGUGUGGCGUUGCUAUGGCAACCCGAAAUAGUAAAACCAUAUCUGUCAAUMAUGGCAGAGUCGUCCAAUCCGGAUACCCUUGAAGGAGUAGCUGGUGCAUUACAUAACUUAAUGGCCUGUAACUGGAAGUGGGCUGUUCUUAUAAGGUCAGCUGUCAGGAAAGAAAAGGGAUUACCAAUAAUGGUCGAAUUACUUAGAAUGGAACAUGAUCCGGUCAUACGAGCAGUUGCYACAUGUUUAAGGAACCUAGCAAUUGAUCCACGAAAUAAAGAAUUAAUAGGUAAAUACGCAAUGAAAGAUUUAGUACGUCAGUUACCAGACCCCAAGGAUCAAGAAGAAGGCCAGGUAGAUAUGCCAUCUAUAGGACCUCUGCUUUGUGCKAUACAUCAAGCUGUCAACAAAAGCCUUCAAAAUGGAAAGUACUGCAGAGAUAAAGAUGGUUUUAGAAAAAUCGUUGCUAUCGCCAAGAGCGAAAACAAGUACUCCCCCAAGAUUGUGAAGACUGCCAACCAGGUUCUUAUGACUCUCUGGCAAUUCAAAGCGCUUAAAACCUCGUUGGAGAAAGAGGGAUGGGARCUAACAAAGGAAGUUACAGACAAAUACGGACCRCCGGCKGCCGCUGGUCCUCGAGCCUUCGACGAAGUCUCGCUACCAAGAGGCUCAAUGCGGAACAAAAACCGAAUACCCGACACCGUCCGAUCCGACGAGUCWUCGAUUCCCGAUCCACAAAUAUUCGAGGCUUCGCCCUCGCAGCUAAUUACUGAAGACGGCUACGAAGCUGAUGACGACAAAAAACAAGCCAAACCCGAGACUCGAGGCUCGCACGAUGAAAUAGAGAUGCGCGAAUUGAACGGAAGUCGAUCUCCGCCUGCGUAUGAGAGUGACCCUCCACGWGAAGAGCCUCAGUAUGCCCAGGUUGAUAACAGCAAAAAGAMGAAAAAGGUUAAAGGAGCGGUAAACAGUGAUUCGUGGGUGUAGGGGCAGACGCUAGAAUAGGUACCGUUUUUGGUAUUUACAAGAUGUCUCAGACGUCGUGUUUUUAAUGCGUCGAAUAGAUCCCUUUGGUAUCGUAACAUGAGAAACUCGACGUUGAAAAAUUGCGACUUAAUAGCCGACGAGAAAGCGCGAUUUUAGUGCGUCAAAUAGAGCCCAUCAUUGACUUCGUAAAGUGAAAAAUUCGACGUCGAAAAAUGACUUUAUUUGUCGAUAUCGAGCGUGCUUCGAAUGCCUUAACAAAAACCUAUGACUCCGCAACUUGCCAAUCUCAAGUUUUCCGCGUUUUGUCCGUGUGUACGAAUUGGUCAAUGGGCUUCAUUAGAAAGAAUAAGUUAAUAGUGAAUGGAAAAGAAUUAUAAAAUAUAUAUAGAUAUUAUUACAAACCUUUAUUUUUGUUUAAGAAUCGAAUGAGAAUCUUGUGACAGAGAUUGCAKUACUAAAACUAAUGUCAAAUGCGUAUGUGGAGGCUAGAAAAACAAUGUAAUUUUUCCGAUUUAUCCUUUAAAAAUGUUUGGAGCGAUUCUGUCUGGUCGCUGUUUUUUUGAUUCACAUCUUAAAAAGAUCAACCUUGUUUUUAAAUUAUUCUGCGAAUGGUCGAGCCACUUGUAUCUUUAGGGUUAGGUUGUACCAGCGAAGUAAGAGAAAAGGUAGCGAUGAAGCAAGCAGACGGAAAGCAUUGCUUCUCUCCGUUUGUUGGCCAUCACACAAGUAAGCACUUUUCUUGUCAAUCUCCGUUUUUAUCUCAAAGUCUGCCUCGUAAAACCUCAACUUGAUCCGUUAAUUCCUUGUAAAUAACCAUAACUUUGGGUUUAAACUGAAUAGAAAAUCAUCUUUCCGCUUCAAAAUAAAUCCCUUUUUUUCAAAUUCGAUAUUUUAAGUAAAUCAAGCUUGACCUUUUACACAAAAUGUUUCCUGGUUUCCUUUUUCCUUCCUCUAUUUUCCGUCUUGUUUUUUUUUUUUUUUUCUUCUGUUGUCGUUUAAAUUAAGAAAGUGUGUCAGAUGACGCGCCUGCUCUUACUUUUGGGGUUAAGACCGCUGGCUAGGCGUAACGAAGAUACAUAACUGAGAUAAUUAUAUGAAACGUGCGCACCGGCCAAGCCCAUCGUCUUAGUAAGUUCAGUCAAAUUARAUGUAUAGCUAAUUCAUUUUCUAAUUUUUCAUAAUAAAACGUUUGCAUAAAACAUUUUAAAUAGUAAUAUUAAAGAUAAUUUUCAAAGAUA